AUGGCUAAUAAGCAGUUGUGCUUUCUGAUUGCGUCUUUUUACUGCACGGUUGUGGCACUCCGAUCUUGGGCAAUCACCGAUGGAUUAGAAGUUCAAGCUCUUCAAGAUAUGUACCGAUCCUUAAACAGACCUACUAAACUUGAGCAUUGGAAGUCAGAGGGUGGGGACCCUUGUGGAGAAACUUGGUUAGGAAUUGAGUGCUCCGGCUCAUCCAUAACCCACAUGAACCUUCAUGGGCUGGGACUCACCGGAAAUCUUGAAGUUCAGCUUUCCAAUCUAAUCAGCCUGAAGAAUCUGGACCUUAGUGCAAAUAACAUUGAGGGCUCAAUCCCUUACAGUUUACCUCCUAAUCUCACAAAUCUAAACUUAGCUGAGAACAAGUUCAGCCAAAGCUUUCCAUACUCGUUGGACAAGAUGAAAAUUCUCCAGCAUCUGAACCUGAGCCACAACUUAUUAGCUGGGCCCUUGGGCGAUGUGUUUAAUGGCCUUCAGGAUUUGAAACUAAUGGAUUUGUCGUUCAAUAACUUCUCAGGUGAUCUUCCAACUUCCUUUGAAUCUUUGACAAACCUAACACAACUGAAUAUCGAAGACAACCAUUUUAGUGGAGUUAUUCCGGAACACUUCCAAACAAUAGAACACUUGUGGAUUGGAGGAAAUACGUUUCACACGGGACCAAACUACACGCCAUGGAGUUUCCCCUCCGACCUGAUGCCGACAGAAAAAAAUAUCAGCAGCCAACCAGAUACAAACUUGAGCGCUUCAGAAAACCAUCCAUCUCAGAAAACCGAAGAUCACAAGAACAUGAAAAUCCAUGUAGUGGGGAUAGUUCUUCUGUUGAUUGGUGGAGUAACUCUGGUUGUGGCAUUUGGGGCUCUUGCUGUAACAUUUCACAAGAAGAGGGUAUGUAAGAAAAUAUCGAGAAGCAUGGUGGGCAGCGAAGAGGAUUCACUGAGAUCUCUACCUAUCGAGACAGUGCAUGGUGAGAUGUCAAUGAGCACACAUAGCAGCCCCCACGUGUCGGGUUUCAGUUCUUCUCCCAUGAUCACACCCUCCCGGCUGCAUCCCGUUCGCACUAAAACACUUAAAGUGUCCAGGAGAAAAAGCUUCGCCAAGACUAAAACAUUGGUCGGUGUAAAAGCUUUCACAGAGAAUCUUAUUGGCGACGGAUCCCUUGGUCCUGUUUAUAGAGCAGAGUUUCCAGAUGGCAAGAUUUUGGCUGUGAAGAGCAUAAAGACAAUACCUCUAUCCAUCAUCGAGGAACAGCAAUUCUUUGACGUCAUCAAGAACGCAUCACGUAUGAGGCACCCUAACAUCGUGCCACUCGUUGGGUUCUGUAUGGAACGCGGCCAGCAUCUUAUUGUGUACGAACACAUAAGGAAUUUGUCGCUCGACGAGGCUCUGCAUUGCCCCGCAUACACACCUCUGUCUUGGGGUUUACGCCUUAGGAUUGCUCUUGGCGUGGCACAAGCUCUGAAUUACACACAUACGUCCUUCGUGCCACCCAUCGCCCACAGUAACAUUAAGGCUGCGAAUAUCUUGCUCGAUGAAGAGCAUAUGCCCCACGUUUGUGAUUACGGCCUAGCUAUCUUGAGGCCCCUUGCCUGCAACUCAGUUAAGAUCAAGGCUUCAGAAAUGGCGAUAGCUGAUAGCGGCUACAUUGCACCUGAACAUAAUCAACCUGGAAAUGGGAACAUUAAGGCUGAUGUCUAUGCUUUUGGGGUGUUGCUUUUAGAGCUUCUCACAGCAAGGAAGCCUUUUGACUACUUGAAGCCCACAGCCGAGCAAUCUCUGGUGAGAUGGGCUUCAUCCAAGCUUCACGACAGCUUGUCUUUAGUAGAGAUGGUCGAUCCAGCCAUGGCAAGAACCGUCUCCUCCAGGUCCCUCUCCCAUUUUGCUGACAUUGUCUCUCUGUGUAUUCAGCCCGAGCAGCAAUUCAGGGCCGCAAUGUCUGAGAUCGUCGAGUCUCUGAUGAAUCUGCUCCGACGGUCUGUUGUUGCCGAUGGCAGUGAAGCAGACCCUUUGAGUCGGUCUUUUAGGUCCAGCAACACCCACUUUGUUGGCUCACCUGCUUCAAGCACCUACUGUGUAUAA